AGGGAUCAAUAACAAUAAGAGGGAAGAACAAGAAAAUUGAGGAAGUAGAGAUGAUAGAUACUUCCCCUUCUUUCGAAAGAGCUUACUCUCUGCUCAGCUUCGGAUCUAGUCCUGCGUUAGACUGAGCCUCCAGAACUGUAGCUGCUUAGAGUGGAAUCCUCAACCUUUUCCUCAGUGGAUUAUGAGUUUUCUGAAUUCAGGGAUAACUAGCCAGCUCUUGGAUUUACCCUCUUUUUCUUGCAUAUCAGCGGCAAAGGAACUGGAACGAGAACACUCAUAGCUUUUUUGCUUUUGUUUUUACCAAUUUGACAUCAUACAUGGCUACUGAUGGCAAUGCUCUUGUUCCCUUGCGUCAGAAGCAGAGAAAGAAAACUCAAGGUUUUUUCACGAUGAGUCGGAGGAGGAUAUCCUGUAAAGACCUGGGACAUGCUGACUGCCAGGGGUGGCUCUACAAGAAAAAAGAAAAAGGAACUUUCCUAAGCAACAAAUGGAAAAAGUUCUGGGUGGUACUGAAGGGAACGUCGCUCUACUGGUACAGCAACCAAAUGGCAGAGAAAGCUGAUGGAUUUGUCAACCUGCCCGAUUUCGCUGUGGAGAGAGCAUCUGAAUGCAAGAAAAAGCAUGCUUUUAAGGUCAGCCAUCCACAGAUCAAGACCUUUUAUUUUGCAGCUGAAAAUGCACAGGAAAUGAGUGUGUGGUUAAACAAGCUUGGAUUAGCUGUAAUCAAUCGCGAAUCUGCUACAAAGGAUGAAGAAUGCUACAGUGAGAGCGAACAGGAAGACCCUGAAAUAGCUGUGGAGACACCACCCCCUCCUUACUCCGCGGAGACUUUCUCUCCUUUGGCUACACAGCAGGCAUCUUCAUCUUCACCCAAACUGAGUGACACGUCGCGUUCUUCCUCUUCCUUGGAAAAUACAGUAAAGACAUAUGGCAGCUUGGCCUCCUCCUUAUCUAGAGAAAGACAGUCCUGGAUCGACAUAGUUAAUAGCUCUGCGGCUGCUGACGACGAUGGACAGUCUAUAACACUUGCAGUGAAUGUUCACUCGCCGGCACCCUCAGAGGCAAACAGUCGCAAGGCCCUGGACAACAGCUGUGCCACAUCAGAAUGUGAAUUUUUGAACUCUUUGUCUAGUGAUGACACUUCUUCAUUGAGUAGCAAUCUGGACCAUCUUACUGUCCCAGACAAGCCCACUGGAUCAAAGAUGGCGGACAGAGAAGAAACAAAGAUGUCUGAAGAUGAUGAAAUGGAGAGACUCUACAAAUCGUUAGAGCAAGCUAGUCUCUCUCCUCUCGGGGACCGACGACCUUCAACCAAAAAGGAGCUGAGAAAGUCCUUUGUGAAGCGAUGUAAGAAUCCAUCCAUAAAUGAGAAACUUCACAAAAUCCGAACCUUGAAUAGCACAUUGAAGUGUAAAGAACAUGACCUGGCCAUGAUUAACCAGUUGCUGGAUGAUCCGAAGUUGACAGCCAGAAAAUACAGGGAGUGGAAGCUGAUGAACACCCUUCUGAUCCAGGACAUCUAUCAGCAGCAGCGGGUCCCUACGUCUUCCAAUGAGGGCACCCCCCAGGGACUCGAGAAAUCACCUUCUUCUGCCCGUGUUGAAAAUUCUAUUUGAGGACAAGCCAACAUUCUCUCCCUUUUUAUGGUACCCUAUGCAAUGCCUCAAGAUGUUGCGAGAGCUCUCCUUAAAAGGAAAACUGAAAUCAAUUCCUCAAGCAGUGGGUCCUUCUCUAAAGAUGCAGCUUAGGUGAGGACCUACUGUGUCAGGAGCAAGAGUCGUCCUCUGGUUGCAGUGCUUCCAUGGAGACCGGAGGAAUUGAGUCCAGUUGAACAAACACCGUGUUCCUCCUGGAGGUCAUGGUUAUGCUAGGCUUUAGGUGGGAUGUCAGAAAUGUAUAUACUGUUCCUUGCUCUCAAGAGCGGGACAAAGAUUCUAAUGGACAAAGAUCAUGUUCUACCAGGGAUAAUUAUUCAUAGAAAUGUUGUUUUCCAAAAGAAGAAUGUAAGAAUGUAUAUAUUCCACCGAGUUGGGUAGUUGAAUUCUUCGAAUCAUUUACGUUUUGAGUGGAGGAAUGCGUUUCACAGCAGCAGCUGGAAUGAGAUACCUGUGGUAUUGUGGAACCAAAAUCUCUGGCCUUUGGUCCAGAAUGGCGGUGCCUUUUCCAUGAGCUGAGAAAUACUUCAGAGCGAGUCGUGUGUGGGAGAGGAGGCGUGUCCUAUCUUCCCACUGUCUCAGAGGACAGUUUGAUGGUUCCACACUCUUCCCCAGUGGGGCAGGGAUCUGAUUAAAAUUUCCUUUCCACAGAACAGCUAAAGAAAUCUGUGUCGUUACGCUUCGAGACUUCCCCUCCCUCCUAGCCUUUCUAAACCACCGAAGGAGGUAGAAGGAAGUCCAGCAGGGAAUGUUUGCUGCGUUUGUCCCUGGGUGUGGUGCCUCUGCACAGUGUCCAUUUAUAUCCGGUUUCCCCCGGAUCAAGAUCGACAAGGGGAUUCUGCUGUCUGAAUGGUUUUGAUAGCCUCACUCCAAAAACCCAACGAAAACAACAAAAGUGUUAAAAUAUGAUUGUUUUAUUUUUGUAUGUUUAUGUGUCACUUUGUGUCCUAUGUGAAUAGCUCUCUCUUGUUUGUUAUUUAAGUAUAUUUAUAGAAGGUCAAAUUACUAGUGUUUUAAAAGAUGGUAAUUAUACAUUUUGCUCAAUAUAUAUUCUCCAAGUAUAUACUUUUUUGCUUGAGAAAAUAGGAAGACUGUUGAUUCACUGGAGUUAUUAUGUUGCACUAUGCUGUGUGAGGAAUGCUCAGGAUAUCUUGUGGGGCAAAUACGGAGGUAUGCACCAAUAAUUUUUCAUUUUCUGGCUUCUUUCUCUCCCGCUCUUUCUUAGCCCAGAGUGUUCAGAUUUCUCUUAUCUGUGAUAAGUCAUUCUUUUAACCAAAAAAGGAUUUUCAUCUUAGGUUCUUUCUUCUAGGAAAUAAAUGUUGUAAGCUUUAUGCACAUGUAUGCCCACAAACCCUAAACCAAAUGAAAUACAAUGAAUACCGUCUUUUGUCUAAGGUCUAAUAGAAAUUUUGGGGCCUGUUGUUGAAGAGAACUCAUUUUGUUACUAAUUACUGAUUGCUAAUCAUGAAUAUUUCUCAUCGUAAGAAUAACCGCAACCCAGCAAAAACCCAGCUUGGCCUCACCCCUAGCAAAUUGUCAGGCUAACACGGUAUGCUUUGUAGAGUCAAAGUGUGGCUUGACAUUGAAGUGGAAAUAACCCUCUUAUUUUGUCUGCAAACUAAAUGGAAAUAGUUGUUGAAUAUUUCCUCCAGCUUUACACAGAAGUGUUAAUACUUUGUAAACAAAAACAACCCUAGUAUUAAGAAAGAAAAAAACAGGAAACAAGGCAGACUAGAAGCUUCUGUAAGAUAAGAGGGCAUGGCAGUCCCAAGGGCCCAACAAACAUUUAGGAGCACCUAACCCAAGUGGAAUGUACUGGGCCGAGGACUACCCAGAAGAGGGAGCCUGGCCUCCGAUGAGUUUUCUGUUGGCCCCAGCACUGAAUGUAACUGUGCAGGUCCUCAGAUUGGACCCUGAAGCUCCUGCAUUGAGAGGCCAGUGGUUUAAUCUCUUUACUCUGGAAAUCAUCAUUGAUUAUUUCUACAAUUAGCUGCUAUUCAAGGUUAAUUGUUUAGGAUUCACAGUGUAAGCAGGUUGUUUUGCGAAGGAGAAGUAAUGGAGGAAAGAAUACUAUUCUUCCACGUUCUUUUCUUUGGCUUGAAAUACUAAUGAUCAACUUCAAAACAAGUUUUAUAAAUUGAGGUGCCGCAGAAACUAUUGGCCAGGGCUUGUGAAUACACCUCAGUGCUUUACUUUGGCUUUUCAUGAAUACCCAUGGAACUGGCCAUGUAGUGUAAAUUCCUUAAGAGCACUCAAACUUAAAGGCAAAAGGGGGGGGGUCCAUGAGAUUCCUGAAUCAAACCUUUCAGUUACUUUUCAAAGUCAGGUUAGUCUAGAAGCUUUGGCUUUGUUAAAGCACUUACUGUGCAGAAUGCCCCCCCCCCCCCCCAUGAACAUGAGACCCAACUGCCUGGUCCUCGACCCUCUUUUCUAGACCAGGCUCACCUUCUGGCUAGUGUUUCUCUCUCUAAAGACACUUUCACUCUGCAUUAUGUUGUGUUAGGAAGUAAGAGGCUGCCUCUGCAGGGUCCCAACUUCAGCUGUGGCCACUAAGAAGUAGAAGGCAGUGGGAAGUGAUGGGAAGAGUGGGUGACACUUUCCAUGACACUCAAUUUAGGAAUAACCCAGCCUUUGUUGUUGUUUCAAAGGAUAUUAAGACUGGAUGACUUCCAGUUUACUCCUGAGGGUUAGGUCAUCUCUGAAAUGAAUCUGGGGUCAUUUCAUGGGUCUACGGGGUAACUCUUGUGUCCAUCCCUGUAGAUGGAGGGUCUGAAGGCUGUGGAAUGAACAAGAAGCACAGCUACUCAGGAAGCAGAGAACCUGAGCAUAAUCAGGUCCAAACCUGUGGCACCCGCUGUGGAUUAGGAUCUGGAUGGGACCCCCUUUGUGGUUGUGGGAAGGACCACUUCUCUCUGUUGUUAGCCUGUAGACCCACAGUCGUGCCUGAUAGGAUAUCUCUGUGGCUGGUACAUUGCAGCACACACGGAAUCGGAUGGUCCCAUACUUGAAGGGCGUCUAUUGCUUUUAAGAAGUCUUUGUUCUGGCACAACGUCAGCGUGGCAUCAAAGACCUAGGAAGUAUCAUAAGGUGUACUACUGCCAAGACUCCCGGAAGCCUAAGAAAGAUUGUAUUUGGAGCCAGAUUUCAGUGCGAAACCGAAGCCUUAUAUUUAUGUAGCACUUUGUAGUUGGGAAAUCUGUGUGUUUGAGCCUCACUCCUUCCCUCCCCAGUGGUCAUUGUGGGUUGACUGUGGGAGAUCAUUCCUCCUUUUUGACAAGGAGGAAAUAAACUCCCAUUUCUCUCAUUCCUCUCUCUCCCUCUUCCUUGCAUGGUCACUGUUGGGCCCCCAACCCUGUGACGUGCAGUGUGUAUGCAUUGCCAGGGUGGCUGGGGUGGCUUUUGUGAAGUCAUCCAUUGGAAACCUGAGGGGGGCUCUUUUGCUUGAGCACAGUCUCUUCCUCAGGGCUGGGUUACUGUCCUUCCUGCAGCAGCCGGCUGCUGGGCUGACUGUGAGUUGGGGUGUGACCCCACUCUGUGCUUCCUUUCCUUCCUUCUGUAACUUACAUGCUUGUUGGGUGCUGUGAGAUCCGCGGAUGAAAGAGGUAGUUAAAGAAAUGGAGUUCGUUUUGUUUUCCAGUCAGAUGGAGCCUAAUGACUAGGGGUUAGGCCCUAAACCUUCCUCUCCCAAUUUCUUUUCCUUGUAGCAUUUUGAUACAAAGCCACGCAGAAGAUUUAAGUGAGUGAUUUAGGUACAGAGGAUGCCUAUCUAAAACAGGCCAAUAUAUCAAAAAUAACCAAUAACUUUUGGUUAGUUUUAGGAUACAUCUCUUCUUCAGUCUAUUAGAAUAUGAUAUUUGAGAUUUUCCAACUUAUUUUCCUUCUCAUUUUUUGUAUGCUUAUCUCGCAAGAGAAAUCGAGCCCUAAAAAUGUCAGGUGACCGCCCUGCUUUGUAAUAUGUAAUUAGAAAGCCCCUGAAACUAGAUUUUUAACAACCUGUAUGAGACGGCUUAGGGAGCAGGAAUAAUUCCACCCGUCACAGAAAGCCACUCCUCUCUGUGAACAAGAUUUUGACAGCUCCUGUGUUUUUCUAUGUUGUGAGACAGGAAGCAAUUUCCUUGCUUCCUCUGCACAUUUUUACUCUUCCCCAUUCUACCGUAGACCACAGAAAACAUAAAAAAUGAUUCUCUAUUAAAAACAAGUGUUUCCAUAUCUCUUACCGUGAGACUUAACUGCUCUGUAUUGAUACUUCUUCAUGUUGAGUCCAGUGGGGAAGCAUGCCCCAUGGAUAUAUUUAGCAUCCCGUAAAAAAACCAGAAUUUUUAGUCACCGUAGACUUUAAUGUCCUUGCAUGAUGGGGAUGUGACUUUUAGCACUGCAUGGUGUUUGGGGCAAGAUGAUAAUGUGGAAAUGACACCUUCAAUUUCAUCGUGCUUUCAUUCUCUGUCACCUACCCUCUUUGAACUGAUAAAAAGAGGCAUGGCUCCUUUCUUCUGCUUUGUUUUUUUGAGAUUGACUUGUAAGAUACAAAUAAAAACAAGAGAAAAUAUAUCUAGUAAAAUGACAUGGCAAAAAAAAUACUGAAAUCUACUAUUGGUGUUCAUUUUCUGCUCUGCUGUGUUGCUUCCUCCAAGAACAAACUCCCUGGGGAGGGUUUGAUGGCUGGCUUUUAGUUUCUACAAAGGUUCUAGUGCCCUCUCGUGGCCGUCAUAAGAAUAAAUGCUAUUUUCAAAGCCUUUAA